GGGGCAGUACAAUCACUUAAAUCACGGUCUUCAGUUCUUCACUGUAACUUCAGAACAGAUGGAGGAUUUUGAGGCGAAGUUUCAGAUUUCAAGGCAUCUGAAUUCAAAGCGCUAAAAUAUGCUGUAUUUUAUGAUGGAUAUUCCUCGCCAAAGUCACUUAAUGGUUACGAAAUAGGUGGUUGUGAAUGUGAAUGGAUGAAAUGAGAAACAACUCGGAGGAAGAGAGAGAUAGUCCUUCACCUAAAACGAGGGGGGUCACCUCACCUACAAAAGAGAUCCACCACACUCUUUUUCCUCGCGUCUCCUCAUUUGCAUUUGAGCAGAAGAACUAGAAGUCUAGAUUGUUGUGUCAAAAUGUUGACUGGGUCAGUAAAUGGUUAUCAGAAGAGAGGUAAAUGGGAGGAGGAGUCAGUUCUUGGCUUUUUGUCAUUAAACCGGUAUAUAAAAAUCUGUUUCGCUGACCACCAACUAGUCAUUCGUCAACUUUUUGAGCUACGCUCAUCAACAGCUCAAAACGCUGCAGGAGUAGCCCUUAGACAACAUAUCAUCAAGUGACCCUAACGCUACUGCAACUUUGGGGAUACUUUAUUCCCGCGCUUAUAUUUUAAGCAAUUCAGUUUGGAAGAAAUACUUUUCCUUCAAAAACACGGAAAAUUUUAAGAUGAACCGAGCGCAAUUGUACUCGUCCGCAAACGCACUGCAAACACGGGACGCAGCAGCGGCAUUGUCCCUGUACUGCGACGUCAUGUCCUGGCCUGAGGAGUGUUUCGUCCUGGACGUGGGUUGUGGCAGCGGCGAUGUGACCAGUAAACUGCUCCUGCCAGCUCUCAAACGGUGCAGCACCGUUACCGCCGUCGACGUCUCACCCUCAAUGGUCAAAUUCGCCGCCUCCAAACAUCAGCACCCUAAUUUGAAUUUCCGCUGCCUGGACAUCGUCGCCCCCGACCUCCGACCGCGCGCAAUUUUUCCCACUGGCUUCCACAAAAUUUUCUCCUUUUACUGUCUCCACUGGAUUAGCAACCAGAGACAAGCAUUCUCCAACAUGUUUGAUUUACUUCUUCCUGGUGGUGAGCUGCUCGUUGUUUUCUUAGCAAGCAAUCCAAUUUUCACCGUUUAUGAAAGACUAUCUCAAGAUUCCAAUUGGUCUCGCUAUAUGAAGGAUGCAUCAAAAUUUGUUUCACCGUACCAACAUUCUGACCGCCCAGACGACGAUCUCCGUGAUCAUUUGGACAUGUCCGGUUUCACAAUUAAGGAUUGCAACUGCCUUCUACAACAUUUUGCGUUUCCAUCCGUAAACGCACUUAAAAGCGCAAUUAAAGCUGUCAACCCGUUUAUUGAUCGGAUACCAAAAGAAAUGCACGAAGACUACCUAAACGACUGUAUCGAUGAGUUUAAUGACAUGGGAUGCGUCAAUGAUGACGGCACAGUGUCUGCUGAUUACAGACUUUUGGUUGCUUUUGCCAAAAAAUCAAAAUGAAUAACAUCAUAAGAGGCCGAAAAACUGCUUGUAAUUUAUUUUUUGUAUGUUCAAGAUUUAAUCUUUAAAUAUAAGAUAGAAGUUUGCACUA